AUGGCUACCGAAGAUGCACGAUACCGACAGACCUCGCAGUUCAGGCUGUGGUCCUUCUCGCCAUCGCAACUUGCCGAUCUGCGCACCAAGACAAACACCCUCGCCAAGGCCAGCAUCUCCGAGCGUCUGUCAUCGUCGUCGUCCUCUUCCUCUUCCGCAGGUGCUUCUGGUGCCAAUACGCCCAUUCCUCCGUCCAUGGCGCCAUCCGACCAAAACACUACGACGUCCGAGAGAUCACAACCGAGCCCCUUACCCGAGUUCUUGACCCCGGCCGAGGAAACGCAGCUGCUUGCCUUCUAUACCGUCGAGCUGCUGCGAGCUGCCGCCUUCAUCCAGCUGCCCACCGACAUACGAGCCACCGCCGCCGCCUUUCUGCGCCGGUUCUACGUCACCAAUAGCAUCAUGACAUACCCGCCAACCGAGCUGUUAAAGACCUGUCUGUUCUUCGGAUCGAAGGCUGAAGGCGUCUACAAAUCCUUGAAGAAGUGGGUAGACUUUGUCCUCUCGCUGCUACUUGCUGAGCAGACAAUCGCCGGUGCACUGUUGGCCGAGAGUUUCCCGAACACGACCGGAGAGGAGAUACUAGCUGCAGAAUUUCUGCUGUGUCAGGGCAUUCGCUUUGCAUUUGAUGUCAGGCACCCCUACCGGGCAUUAGAGGGUGCUGUCAUGGAGUUGAAGCAACUAGAGGAUGUUGAGGAGAAGCGUGUCAACGCAGCACAUGUUCGCGCGCGCGAGAUUCUCAAGUUUAGCCCACUCGUCACCGAUGCAUACUUCCACUACACACCAAGCCAGAUCAUGCUGGCCGCGCUAUCCCUGGCAGACCGUGGCCUGGUAGAACGUCUACUACAGGAAACAUUCCACCACCCGCCUCCCCCCACCACCGACAGCGGCGCGAGCACGCCAGCGCAAACGGGAUCGACCAGAGGGUCUUCCGUCGUGGACAGAGAGAAUCAAUUAAGAGGCGCAGACAUGCGGAACAAGGUCAUGGGCAUUGUCGAAUCGUGCAGAGAGAUGCUGGCAACAGAACCACCCGAGCGAAUGACAGAAUUUUGGGGCACGGUGAGCCACUCCCCGUUUCCCGAGUCAAACAAUAUCAUCAAGCCUCUUCUCAGGAAGCUUAAAAAGUGUCGGGAUCCGGAUCGAUGGGACUUGGUGGCUCUACAAAAGGCACGACGCGAGACGGCAGCAACCAAGGAGAAUGGUGCUAAGAAGACGUCCAAGGAAGAGGAUGGCGUCGUCUUUGAUAGCAGUGACGGCCGGGAUGCUAAGAGACGAAAGGUCAGCGCUGAAGAUCCGUUUGGUGGCCCUUUAUGA